AUGGGACAAACAACCAGCAAAACAGGACCAACGUUAGCAGAAAAACGAUAUAAAGUUGAAAAACCUCCAAUUAAACGAAGAAGUAAUACCUCUAAUGGCAAAGAAGCCGAAUCAAAAGGAUCCAAAGAUACUUCACCAAAAUUUGAAUGUCCUAUGAUCAUACAACCAAAUUCGGCUGAAACAAAGGAUGUUGCCGUCAUUCCAACUAAAACCAAUAAUGGCUCGAAACAUUUCCUUAGUCGAAGAGAGCGAAUCCUUCUCGAGCACUCAUGGAAGAAAACAAGGAAGACUGGCUCAGAACAUGUUGGAUCAAAAAUAUUUUUGAUGGUUCUCACAGCUCAGCCGGACAUCAAAGCUAUCUUUGGUUUGGAAAAAAUACCUCAAGGUCGCUUAAAGUAUGAUCCUAGAUUCAGACAACAUGCUACAGUAUUCACACGAACUUUUGAUUACGUCAUAAAAAAUAUUGAUUAUCCUGAAAAAUUAGAGAACCAUUUCGAGGCUUUAGGUCGACGUCACGUAAUUAUGCAAGGACGUGGAUUUGAUCCACUUUAUUGGGAAACAUUUGCUGAAUGUAUGACACAAGCUGCCGUUGAAUGGGAAGCUAAUCGCCAAAGACCAACUUUGGGAGCUUGGAGAACUCUGGUAACGACGAUCAUCAUCUACAUGCGACGAGGAUUUGACGAAGAGAACAUGAAAAGACGAGUAAAUUCCUUUCAAACUACAAAGACACCCAGAAGAUUAAGUUAUAACACAUCUUGUACACCUCGUCACAGCCUUACUCCGAGUCCCAGUUAA